UCUUAAAAACGUGCUUGCAGAGUCUGGGCUGGGGCUGGUGCUUAGAGGAAAGGGAUCACACACUGACUUGAUGGUGCUGCAAUAACUUUGCUUUCUUUUUUUCUCAGCUGCACACUUAAAAGCUCAUGUCUUAGUAACAGACAUGAUGAGCUUUGUGCAUUCCAGGACUUUUCUAUUUCUUGCUGUUUCUGUGGCUCAGGUUUUAUUUGUGAAAUGCCAAGGUGGAGUAAGUGGAGAUGAUUUAAGCUGCACAGAGAAUGGUCAGGUUUACACAAACAGAGAUAUUUGGAAGCCAGGGCCAUGUCGGAUCUGCGUCUGUGACAGCGGAGCAAUUCUCUGUGAUGAAAUCCAAUGCGAUGAGAUAACAAACUGUGAAAAACCUGUGAUUCCGGAUGGAGAGUGCUGUCCAAUUUGUCAAGGAAAUGACAAUCCUACCACACAUGGUGGAAAUGGUGGUAGAAGCUAUAAGGGUCAAAAGGGUGAACCUGGAGAUGUCCCAUUUAUAACUGGUAUAAGAGGUCGUCCAGGACCCAUGGGACCUCCAGGUGCACAAGGGUACAGAGGAGCCCAUGGUCCCAAAGGAAGGCCGGGUCCCAGAGGUCCACCUGGUUUUGACGGAGAGCCAGGAGUCCCUGGACAACCUGGUGAGCCUGGUCCCCCCGGUCAUCCCACACAUCCUGGCCUGGACAGCAACCAUUUUGCAUCUCACAUGGCAGGAGGUUUUGAUGAGAAGUCAGGACUUGCUGGCCAGGUUGGAAUGGUUCCUGGAACAAUGGGACAAGCAGGUGCAAGAGGACCCCCAGGGCCACCAGGUCAACCAGGUCCUGCAGGUCCACAGGGUGCUCCAGGAGAAUCAGGAGAACCAGGACACAUGGGUCCAAUAGGUCAACGAGGACCUGAGGGCCCACCAGGUAAACCAGGCAUAGAUGGAGAACCUGGCAAGUCUGGUCAGACAGGAGAGAUUGGAUUUCCUGGAUCGCCGGGUGCAAGAGGUUUUCCUGGGGCUCCUGGUCUCCCAGGAAUAAAGGGACACAGGGGUCACCAAGGUCCAGCUGGUUCAAGAGGAGAACCUGGAGCAGCUGGAUCAAAGGGUGAACCAGGCCCUACUGGUCCUAUGGGAGGUCCUGGUCCUCAGGGCCCAAGAGGAAUCCCUGGAGAGAGAGGACGGUCUGGGCCAACUGGACCACCAGGAAUGCGCGGUCCUGUUGGCAAUGUCGGUAAACCAGGUCCUAUGGGUCCCCUAGGAAUAAGCGGUCCCCCUGGUUUUCCAGGAAACCCUGGUUUAAAGGGAGACGCUGGUCCCACAGGUGUUCGAGGUCCUGAGGGUCCUCAAGGACAGAGGGGAGAAACAGGACAUCAAGGCAAAUCUGGCGCACCUGGCCUUCAAGGUCCUACUGGGACAGAUGGAGGUCCAGGUGCCAAGGGGCCGGCAGGAACUGUGGGUCCUUCAGGCCCACAUGGUCUGCUUGGCCCACCAGGACCUCCUGGACCUCAGGGAAGCACUGGACCACCAGGGAUCAAAGGUCAACUGGGAGACACUGGUGUCCCUGGGUUUAAAGGAGAGGCAGGACCUAAAGGAGAGCCAGGUCCACCUGGUGCUCAAGGUUCAAUUGGGCCCCAGGGUGAAGAAGGCAAAAGAGGACCUCGGGGAGACCCAGGGUCAGUUGGCCCUCCAGGUCCUGUUGGUGAAAGAGGGGCUCCUGGUAACAGAGGUUUCCAUGGUGCAGAUGGCUUACCUGGUCCUAAGGGUGCAAAUGGAGACCGUGGUCCAACUGGUUCCUCUGGUCCGAAAGGGGCCCUAGGAGAUCCUGGACGCACUGGGGAACCUGGCCUACCAGGGGCAACGGGUCUUACAGGGAAUCCUGGGGUUCAGGGUGCUGAAGGAAAACCUGGACCAGUGGGUCCAUCCGGGGAGGAUGGCCGUCCAGGGCAAGCAGGAUCAAUAGGAACAAGAGGACUGCCAGGAAUCAUGGGGUUACCUGGACCAAAGGGUUUUAAUGGAGAUCCAGGAAAGACUGGUGAGCAGGGAUCUGCAGGGGUUCCUGGACAAAGAGGUCCACCCGGUAAAGAUGGAGAAGUUGGCCCUGCAGGGCCAGGAGGGCCAGCUGGACCAGCAGGAGAAAGAGGGGAGCAAGGGCCUCCUGGUCUUACCGGUUUCCAGGGCUUACCUGGACCCCCUGGUCCUCCUGGUGAGUCUGGAAAACCAGGAGAUCAGGGUAUUCCUGGUGACGCAGGCGCUGUUGGCCAAAUAGGUCCAAGGGGAGAGCGUGGAAUUCCAGGUGAGCGAGGUGAACUGGGUGCUCACGGUCUUCAGGGACCCAAAGGUAUCCCAGGAGCACCUGGACCAGAUGGACCAAAGGGUAGCCCAGGUCCUACUGGAGCUCUUGGUGACCCUGGUCCUCCUGGUCUCCAGGGAAUGCCAGGGGAGAGAGGAAUCUCAGGUCCACCUGGGCCCAAAGGGGACAGAGGUGCUUCAGGAGAAAAAGGAUCAGAGGGUACCCCUGGUAAUGAUGGUGCUAGAGGACUCCCUGGGCCACUUGGGCCACCUGGACCACAUGGACCCAGUGGUGAGAAGGGUGAACCUGGUCCUAAAGGGCCUCCUGGUCCUCCUGGAUCCCGAGCAAGCCCUGGAUCUCGUGGUGAGCCAGGACCUACUGGUCCAGUGGGAUUUGCUGGUCCACCUGGACCUGAUGGGCAGCCUGGUGUGAAGGGUGAACCAGGAGAGCCUGGGCAGAAAGGUGAUGCUGGAUCCCCUGGUCCACAGGGACUGGCUGGAUCUCAUGGGCCUCCAGGACCUCCAGGAGUUGCAGGACUGAAAGGCGGCAGAGGCACUCAGGGACCACCAGGUGUCACCGGUUUUCCUGGACCUGCAGGCAGGGUUGGUCCACCUGGCUCAACUGGUCCAGUGGGUCAGCCUGGACCACUUGGUCCUCCUGGGAAGGAAGGUCCUCCAGGGCUCCGUGGUGACACUGGACCACCUGGGCGCCAUGGAGAGCGAGGGCCUGCUGGCCCGCCAGGCAGCCCUGGAGACAAAGGAGAUUCUGGAGAAGACGGGCCAACCGGUCCCGAUGGCCCUCCAGGUCCUCCAGGAACAACAGGACAGAGAGGGAUUGUAGGACUGCCAGGGCAGAGGGGAGAGAGAGGAAUGCCAGGUCUUCCAGGGCCAUCUGGCCCACCAGGAAAACAAGGUGCCACUGGCCCUACAGGAGACAAAGGUCCUUCAGGCCCAGUUGGGCUUCCAGGAGCAAAUGGCCCUGCAGGAGAUCCUGGCCCAGAUGGACCUCCUGGGCCAGAUGGUCCUCCAGGUCGUGAUGGAGUACUAGGCGCCAGGGGAGAUCGUGGUGAUCCAGGUCCUGCUGGCCUUCCAGGCUCACAAGGAGCCCCUGGUUCUCCAGGACCUGUUGGUCCUACAGGGGAUCCAGGAAAACGAGGAGACAGUGGUUCACGUGGACCUGUUGGUCCCCCGGGAACUGCAGGAAAACGGGGAUUACCUGGUCCUCAAGGUCCAAGAGGGGACAAGGGAGAUAUUGGAGAUCAAGGUGAAAGAGGCCAGAAGGGUCAUAGAGGUUUUACAGGAUUGCAGGGCCUGCCUGGACCCCCUGGUACAACUGGUGAACAAGGUGCUGCUGGAAUUGUUGGACCUCAUGGUCACAGAGGACCACCAGGACCAGUUGGCCCUCCUGGAAAGGAAGGGUACAUUGGGCAUCCUGGCCCAAUGGGACCACCUGGUUCAAGAGGAAUAAGUGGUGAAAUUGGGCCUGAGGGACCUCCUGGAGACCCCGGUCCACCUGGUCCUCCUGGUUCUCCUGGUCCUCCAACUGCAGCAAUGGAGGAUUUCUUAGACACUCAGGAUUAUGAUGUUGGUCCCCCACCUCCUCCAGAAUUCAGUGAGGAUGAAGCUCUUCCAAACAGCAAUAAAACCGAUUCUUUUAAAACGGACCCUGGAGUUCAUGCCACACUGAAGGCUCUCAGUAGUCAGAUAGACAGCAUGCGCAGCCCUGAUGGCACCAAGAAAAAUCCAGCCAGAACCUGUGAAGACCUGAAACAAUGUUACCCACAGAAAAAGAGUGGUGAAUACUGGGUUGAUCCAAAUCAGGGAUGUGCUGAAGAUGCUAUAAAGGUGUAUUGUAAUAUGGAUACUGGCGAGACAUGUAUUUCUGCAAACCCAUCUAGCAUACCCCGCAAGACAUGGUGGGGAACCACAAAUCCCACAGACUACAAGCCUAUCUGGUUUGGAGCUAACAUGAAUGGAGGAGCCCAUUUCACGUAUGGUAAUAAAGAUCAAUCGACAAAUUCUGUCACAGUCCAAAUGACUUUCCUGCGUCUACUGUCAAAGGAGGCCUCCCAGACCAUCACAUACCACUGUAAAAACAGUGUGGGGUAUAAAGAUGAAAAAACUGGAAAUCUGAAGAAGGCUGUGAUUUUAAAAGCUGCUAAUGACCUUGAUCUUAAAGCAGAAGGAAACAGUCGAUUCAGAUAUACUGUACUUGAGGACACUUGUUAUAAAGCCAACGGUGAAUGGGGCAAGACAGUCUUUGAGUAUAGAACACAGAAAACAGCACGUCUUCCCAUUGUGGACAUUGCUCCAGUGGACAUUGGUGGUUCAGAUCAGGAGUUUGGCAUAGAUAUUGGGCCAGUUUGCUUCUUGUAAACCAAAGGACACAGACGCAUUGAAGUCAAUCCUGAGACUCUUGAACUAUUUGCUGAUUCACUCAGCAUUGUACAUAUAAUAUCUUUGAACAUUCUGGCCUUCUGACAAAAUAUUUAUUGUGCCUUUGAUUGCCUUUUGUUGUUACAAUACAUUUUAGUAGAUUUUUAGUGUAGAAUAUUGCAGAGGUCUUACAGAAAGAUAAAGAAUGUGUUAUUAUUCCAGUGGAAAACAAGGUAUAAUCCAAUUAAUGUCCUGAUAGUGUUUCCUUUUCUGAAUUGAAACUACAGGUUUCUAUGCAUAGGAGGUAUAAGAAUGUAUUGCAUUGCAAUACAACUUACAGUAUGAGAGGGGGUUAUUAAAAUUGUAUAACAUGAUGUUUAAUAUAUAUAAAGACAUCAAAGUAAUGUAUUACUUUAAUAAGUCAAAGGAUAAAUUAAACAUUUUUCUCAUAAACUGCUGACAUUUGAAUUCGUCAGGUUAUGGGUGAGCCAGUCCAUUUAAAAAAGGCUUUUGGAGGUGAAAAAGAUAGAUGCUGUUAACAUGUUUCAUCACUAAAAAUCUACUAACCGAUUAAACUAUGACCUUUAAAUGCCUUUUUUGUUGUUGAUUUGUAAAACAGUGUCUGUAUCUCACUAGUUCAACUUAUAUAAGUAUAAGACCAAUUUAAUAUUAGACAUUUUCAAAUCAGUGGUGCUAUAUAAUGAACAUGAGUUCAACCAUGUGCUUUUAUGUGCAAAAGGGUAAGCAAUCUCUUAAAGAAAAGUGUGUGCAACUGAAUUUUGUGCUUAUGUUUUUUCCACUUUACUUUUUUGCCUUAGUUUAUAAAGAAACCGUGCAGACAUUUAAUUCCAUAGUGUAAGCUACCUCAUCUCUAAUACUGGGAUGCAUUGCUGUUUAUUUGUAAUCAUUUUCAAAGGUGCUGUAUUUAGAGGGGACCCAAGCAUUGCUUUUGUACAGCAUCGGUGCAGGAUUUGGUGGUGCUAAGACACAGUCUUUCAAAAUGAUGAAGUAGCAGAACAAAACAACCAGAAUUCAAUUAAAAGGAUGUUAUAAGGAAUAUACUUUCAAAGAUGUUUAUUAGUUCUAAAUGUCUGCGUGUUUUAUUAUGUAAAGCAUGUGGGUAGUCUUUAAAGCAGUCUGGCUUCAUUUUUCUUUGCUCACUAUGGCUUCAUCCUUUUUUUCUCAGUCUAGGCCAAUCCAAAAUGGAAAGCCAUCGUCUUUCAUGUAUUCUGCUAAGCAAUUAAUUAAACUAAUGCUUGUUUAUACCUA